CUUACGAAUGCAUCCGGGCGUCUGCAGCAGGUACCGCCCAAGGCGUUCCGGCCCCUUUGCUGCACAGCCAGAAAACGGUGAUGGCGGGCAGACAGUCUGGUUGGAGCCAGGCAGCUCUUCUCCAGUUUCUUCUUGGCAUGUGCCUAACGGUGAUGCCACCUACCCAGGCCCGGAGUCUGCGCUUUGUUACCUUGCUGUAUCGACAUGGAGAUCGGUCACCAGUGAAGACAUAUCCCAAGGACCCCUAUCAGGAAGAGAAAUGGCCCCAGGGUUUUGGUCAGCUAACCAAGGAGGGGAUGCUACAGCACUGGGAGCUAGGCCAGGCUCUGAGGCAGCGCUACCAUGGCUUUCUGAACACCACUUACCACCGACAAGAGGUUUAUGUGCGAAGCACUGACUUUGACCGUACUCUCAUGAGUGCUGAGGCCAACCUGGCUGGACUCUUCCCUCCCAGUGAAGUGCAACGUUUCAACCCUAACAUUUCAUGGCAGCCCAUCCCUGUUCACACUGUGCCCAUCACUGAAGACAGGUUGCUAAAGUUUCCAUUGGGUCCAUGUCCCCAUUAUGAGCAGCUGCAGAAUGAGACUCGGCAGACACCAGAGUAUAAGAAUAUGAGUAUUCAGAAUGCACAAUUUCUGGACAUGGUGGCCAAUGAGACAGGGCUUACGAACCUGACCCUAGAGACCAUCUGGAAUGUGUAUGACACACUCUUUUGUGAGCAAACACAUGGGCUGCUCCUGCCGCCCUGGGCCUCACCCCAAACUGUGCAACGUCUGAGCCAGCUAAAGGACUUCAGCUUCCUCUUCCUCUUCGGGAUCCACGAGCAAGUACAGAAGGCCCGACUUCAGGGUGGAGUUCUACUGGCUCAGAUACUAAAGAACCUGACACUAAUGGCAACCACCUCUCAGUUCCCUAAGCUUCUGGUUUACUCCGCGCAUGAUACUACCCUUGUUGCUUUGCAAAUGGCACUGAAUGUCUACAAUGGGAGACAAGCUCCCUAUGCUUCCUGCCACAUGUUUGAACUGUAUCAGGAAGACGAUGGGAAUUUCUCAGUUGAGAUGUACUUUCGGAAUGACACUAAGAAGGCACCCUGGCCUCUGAUCCUGCCUGGCUGCCCUCACCGCUGCCCACUGCAGGACUUCCUUCGCCUCACAGAGCCGGUCAUACCCAAGGAUUGGCAGAAGGAGUGCCAGCUCAUAAGUGACACUGCAGACACAGAGGUGAUUGUGGCCUUGGCUGUCUGUGGCUCCAUCCUCUUCCUUCUAAUAGUGUUGCUCCUCACUGUCCUCUUCCGGAUGCAGGCUCAGCCUCCUGGCUACCAUCAUGUUGCAGACAGGGAAGACCAUGCUUGACAACCACUCAGUCCCCUUCCUCUGCUUCCUAGGGGAGGUGAGCUGAUCCCAGCACUUAGAUUCCCUGAUUACAUAAGCCCAGAUGAAUGAGAGAGGCUCUCCUGGGCUGUGACACCUGUGAUUGACCAUCUACACACCUGGUGUUUACCAUGCGCUGUGCUGGACACUGGCUGUGACACCUGUGACUCACCAUCUACACGCCUGGUGUUUACCAUGCGCUGUGCUGGACACUGGCUCUCUCCAGAUGGGAUCUGUCUCUCCUAUACUCCCUAAGGACCUGAGAUACAGACUAGCAUUCAGUUUCCACUCAGGACCUGGGAUACAAAAACAAAACAAAACUGAAGCCGGUGCUUGACCUGCCUUGCUCUUCCACCAAGCCUUGCUCUUUGUCUUCUAGCCCACAUCUCUGGCAAAUGGCAUAGAGGACAUUGUCCCUUGGUACUUUUUUUUAGAGGCAAAUACUGCAAGUCACUGGGAGUGUAAAAUGUGGCCCUCAAGGAACUGGGUCAUCCAACAGCAGAGUUCCCUGUGGUCUGAAGAUGUGUGUCCUGUGCCUGGGUGAGUGGGAGGACACAGGCAGGAGACAUAUCAUGAAGUGAGGCUCCCGCCCUGGGCUGAGCUCUUCGGGGACCUGAACUGGACUUGUUUAGGGCUGCAGGGACCGGGAGAAAUGAAGGUCUGACCGAG